CUAGAAUAUAUCGCUGCAGUUGUCACAUCACUAGGCCUGACAGCACUGCCUAAAAGAAAACACUGGGACCCAGGAACAACAUAUACAAGCGCUGGCGUUUUCGCACCAAUUUGCUAGUGCCACGACUGCCGAUCAGGCUAAACCCUCGCCUCCGGAUUCCCGCUAUCACUUUCUCAGACAUCGACACCGUCUAACUAACACUUCCCCCCCAUCCACCCACCCCCACAUCGAACACGGAGCAGCAGCAGCAGCAAAAAAAAAAAAAAGACAGACCAUCAUUUCCAUCCCAUCGUCGCACCGGUGCAGCCUGCAUAUUAACAACGAUGUCAGCGAUCCCUAUUGGUGGCGGGCCAGUGAAUCGGAGUUAAGGGACUAUGCUCCGGACAGCCUGCAGUGGCUGCAGCACUGACACCCCCAAGGACACACCACUCGAAGGAUAGUGUGGUAGAAAAGACUUAACAAGGACCACUCAUCACCUCGCGGCCAUGCUGCUGGUACGGCAGCUGUUCGGUGCCUCGGCCAAUUCCUGGGCCCGCGCCCUCAUCUUCUUCGUCCUGGCCUGGGUGGCACUGGUCUAUGUGUUCGUGGUGAAGCUGACGAACACCCAGGGCCAGCAGGCGGCUGGCGAGAGUGAGCUGAACGCCCGAAGGAUCAACCAGGCGCUGCAGAUGCUCGAGCAUACGCGCCAGCGGAACGAGGAACUGAAGCAGCUCAUCGAUGAGUUGAUGAGCGAUCAACUGGACAAGCAGAGCGCCCUCAAGCUCGUCCAGCGGCUGGAGAACGAUGCCCAAAACACAAAGAACUCGGCGGAUGGCAUCGGACCCGAACCGGAGUCAUUGUUUGAAUCGGCGCCCGCCGAUUUGCGUAGCUGGAACAACGUGGUGGAGGCGGCACCCAACGACAUUGUGGACGUGGGGGAGCAUGGCGAAAUUGAGCCGAGUCUGGAGUAUGAGUUCACCCGCCGUCGCAUCCAGACAAAUAUUGGAGAGAUCUGGAAUUUCUUUAGCAGCGAGCUGGGCAAGGUGCGCAAGGCGGUGGCCGCCGGUCAUGCUAACACCGACCUGGAGGAGACCAUCAACCAGGUGCUGUUGCAGGGCGCGGAGCAUAAGCGGUCGCUGCUGAGCGAUAUGGAACACCUGCGGCGGUCGGAUGGCUAUGAGGCGUGGCGCCACAGGGAGGCCAAAGAGCUCAGUGAUCUGGUGCAGCGGCGGCUGCAUCAUCUACAGAAUCCUAGGGACUGUCAGAAUGCGCGAAAGCUUGUCUGCAAGCUGAAUAAGGGCUGUGGCUAUGGAUGUCAAUUGCAUCAUGUGGUCUACUGCUUCAUUGUGGCCUAUGCCACCGAAAGGACACUGAUCCUGAAGUCUCGUGGCUGGCGCUAUCACAAAGGUGGCUGGGAGGAGGUGUUCCAGCCGGUCUCAAACAGCUGCCAUGAUGCGGGCACCGCCAACACAUACAACUGGCCCGGCAAACCCAACACCCAGGUGCUGGUCCUGCCCAUUAUUGACUCGCUAAUGCCGCGUCCCCCGUACCUGCCGCUCGCCGUGCCCGAGGACUUGGCACCGCGUCUGAAGCGCCUCCAUGGUGACCCUAUUGUCUGGUGGGUUGGCCAGUUCCUUAAAUAUCUGCUCCGUCCGCAGACAACGACACGGGACUUUCUUACCGCCGGUAUGCGAAACUUGGGCUGGGAGAGGCCCAUUGUCGGCGUCCAUGUGCGUCGAACGGACAAGGUGGGCACGGAGGCAGCCUGCCACAGCGUGGAGGAGUAUAUGACCCAUGUGGAGGACUACUACCGCACACUGGAGGUGAACGGAACGAGCGUUGUACGUCGCAUCUUUCUCGCCUCGGACGAUGCCCUGGUGAUUGAGGAGGCGCGCCGAAAAUAUCCAGAGUAUCAGAUCAUCGGUGAUCCGGAGGUGGCACGCAUGGCAUCAGUUUCCACGCGCUAUACGGACACAGCGCUGAACGGCAUCAUUCUGGACAUACACCUGCUCUCGAUGUCCGACCACUUGGUGUGUACCUUCUCGUCCCAGGUGUGCCGUGUCGCCUACGAGAUUAUGCAAACGAUGUACCCAGAUGCGGCACACCGGUUCAAGUCGCUGGACGACAUUUACUACUACGGAGGUCAGAACGCGCACAAUCGCCGUGUCGUUAUCGCGCACAAGCCCCGUUCGCACGAGGAUCUGCAGCUGCGCGUCGGCGAUCUUGUGUCCGUGGCUGGUAAUCAUUGGGAUGGUAACUCCAAAGGAAAGAACACGCGCACCAAUCAAGGCGGCCUAUUCCCAUCCUUCAAAGUGGAGGAGAAAGUGGACACCGCCAAGCUACCGCUCUAUCCGGGCGUUUAGUUGGAUAUAUAUAUAUAUAUAAAUAUUUAUAUAAAAUGACAAAGAACCCAGUUGGUCGGUUAGUCCGCCAUGUUGUUGAUUGAAUCUGUGAAUCUAUUGAAUCUCUUUAGCCGCAUUCCACCCGGUAUCCUACGCCGCCCGGUGCACUUCGGUUCAGCAUUUCCAGAAUCUCAACCAGAUAUCUCUAGCUCUAUGUCUCGAAUAAUAAUUCGUAUGUUCUGUUCAUCUGUGCUUCUUCGUGUUCGUCUAGAUUUUUAUGCCCUGGAUCUGAUUCGGAUUCUGAUACUGAUUCUGAUUCUGCAUUUGUACAAGUCUUUUUAUUAUUUAUAAGUCGAAAGCCGAAGAAAUUAUGUUGACAAGAAUAUACAUUUAAAACAAAGAAACAAAGUAUAUAUAUAAAGAAAUUAUAUAUAGGAGUGCAUGUAGGUUCACUAAGCGCAAUAUAGUCUAUCACCUGUAAAAUAGUUGAAAAAGAUAAGAGAACGUAAAAAAACAAAAUCUGAUUACUUCAAUAGCAAAAGGAAUAAAUAGAAAUGUUUUAAAAAGAA